CCUUGCUCCAAGGAGGCGACCGGAGGCAAGAAGAAGAAGGUGCUUGAAGCCUGUGCGAGUGUUCUCUGACACACCAACUAUUCAAAUUCUCCAAUGAUAACGACAUUUCUCUAACCCCAUAAAGCUUUUCUUAAUAUGCAGUCAGCUUCCACCUCACUCUUUCAUCAAUUCCCAACUUUCCGGCCAAAAUUCCGAACUCUCCCGUCAAGAACUCGACCCCUUGAAUUCUACAGACCAAGGAUGGCCUCGCUCUCUGACUUUCGCGUGUGGUCACAGAUGGGACAGGGUGGUUCUUCUUCUUCUUCGUCUCCAGCUGAUAAUGGGUUUUGUUCAUUAAUGGAGUAUGUGGGUAAGAGAGGACUAAAUGUGGAAGAUGAUUUGGUGGUUUUGCUCUAUCAUAUACAGUACGCUUGCAAGCAAAUCGCUUCCCUUGUGGCUUCUCCUUUCAAUUACUCUCUAGGGAAACGGUCUGGUCUCGGUUCAGCUGCCGGUAGUGGGUCUGACAGAGAUGCUCCGAAGCCGCUUGAUAUUGUCUCGAACGAAAUUAUCUUGUCUUCACUACAAAAUUCUGGAAAAGUUGCUGUCAUGGCUUCUGAAGAGAAUGAUAAUCCGAUCUGGAUAAGUGAUGAUGGUCCUUAUGUGGUGGUAACAGAUCCCCUGGAUGGUUCUCGAAAUAUAGAUGCUUCCAUUCCAACGGGUACAAUUUUUGGCAUCUAUAAGCGCCUCACAGAACUAGAUAACCUACCCAUUGAGGAGAAGGCUAUGCUUAAUUCACUUCAGAGUGGAACGAGGUUGGUUGCUGCUGGCUAUGUUCUCUAUUCAUCUGCCACUAUACUCUGCACUACCUUUGGUUCUGGGACACAGGCAUUUACUCUUGAUCAUUCAACAGGAGACUUCAUUCUCACAAACCCAAGCAUCAAAAUUCCUCCUCGCGGGCAAAUUUAUUCUGUGAAUGAUGCAAGAUACUUCGACUGGCCUGAGGGUCUAAGGCGAUAUAUAGACACUGUAAGACAAGGCAAAGGUAAAUAUCCGAAGAAGUACUCGGCUCGGUAUAUAUGUUCUCUGGUGGCCGAUCUGCAUCGAACUUUGAUGUACGGGGGCGUGGCGAUGAAUCCAAGGGAUCAUCUUCGCCUUGUUUAUGAGGCAAACCCUCUGAGUUUCAUUGUGGAGCAGGCAGGAGGAAGAGGGUCUGAUGGGAAAAGCAGAAUUCUUUCACUUCAACCUGUUAAACUGCAUCAAAGACUUCCUCUUUUUCUGGGGAGCUUGGAAGACAUGGAAGAGCUGGAGAGUUACGGAGAUGUACAACAAAAAGUCAAUCCUGGUUAUGAGGUUUGAUCAUGCUGGAACAAUUUUGAAUCUUCUUUAAUAAUGCUACCAGCUGAUUCUCUCUUUGGUUCAUGUAUGUAUUGCAAUGACCAAUACUUGUGUUAAUAAUUUUUGUUUUUUGAAGCGCAACAAUUUGGUAUCUAAUAAUACCAGCUAAUUCACAUUUAAACAUAGUC